AUGAAGCUCUCAGCACUUGCCGGCGCUGUUCUUUUCGCCAGUGCUGCUCUGGCCGACCUGGAUCCAAUUGUGAUAAAGGGUUCCAAGUUCUUUUAUAAGAGCAAUGACACCCAAUUCUAUAUUCGCGGUGUUGCCUAUCAACAGGACUAUACGGCUGGCGGGAAUUCGAAUGGUGGUGAUGACUUCACCGAUCCUCUUGCUGAUCCCAAUGGCUGCAAGCGUGACAUCCCGUACCUGCAGAAGCUGCGCACCAACACUGUCCGAGUUUAUGCCAUUGACCCGAAGAAGGAUCACACCGAGUGUAUGAAUGCUCUCGCGGAUGCUGGCAUAUACGUCAUUCUGGAUCUCUCGUCUCCUUCGCAGUCUAUUUCUCGCUCUGAUCCUGCAUGGGACGGUGGCCUUUACAGUCGCUAUGUCAGCGUAAUUGAUGCAAUGGCGAAUUAUACCAAUACGCUCGGGUUCUUUGCUGGAAACGAAGUGUCGAACGCCAAAAACAACACCAACGCUAGUGCCUUCGUCAAAGCUGCUGUUCGAGACAUGAAGCGCUAUAUCAAGGCCCAGAACUACCGCCCCUUGGGUGUUGGCUACGCCACCAGCGAUGACUCCAGCAUCCGCGUCAACAUGGCUAAUUACUUUGACUGCGAGUCUGCCGAUGAAAGCAUUGAUUUCUGGGGCUACAACGUCUACUCUUGGUGCGGUGAUUCCUCGUACCAGAAAUCAGGGUAUGAGUCGCGUACCGAAGAAUUUCAGAACUACACUGUCCCCGUUUUCUUUGCAGAAUAUGGCUGUAACGCAGUUCAGCCACGCAAGUUCACUGAGGUCGAUGCUCUGUUCUCUAAACCCAUGACUGACGUUUGGUCCGGUGGUAUUGUUUACAUGUACUUUCAGGAGGCAAAUGACUAUGGUCUCGUGUCCGUCAAGGGCAAUGACGUCUCUACAUUGCAGGAUUUCAACAACCUCUCUAAACAUAUCGCCAGUGCGGACCCUACCGGCAUUCAGAAGGCUUCAUACUCUCCAACAAAUACUGCUCUCCAAGAAUGCCCCACAGUUGACGGUGAAUGGCUCGCUGCGGCAUCUCCAUUGCCCCCCUCUCCUAAUGAAGAUCUUUGUUCCUGUAUGGAGCAGUCCUUAACCUGUAUCUUGAAGGACGAUGUGUCAGAUGAGAAGUUGGGUCAGCUAUUCGGCACCGUCUGCGGCUAUGGUGCAUGCUCUGGUAUUGAGACAAAUGCUACGACUGGUAGAUACGGCGCCUACAGUAUCUGCAGCCCGAAGCAGCAGCUUUCCUACGCCUUUAAUCAAUAUUACAAGCAGCAGUCCUCCAAGGGUGACUCCGCGUCAGCUUGCAAUUUCAACGGGGCUGCGACCACGCAGUCUUCUUCUAGGCCCAGUGGUUCUUGCUCUGCCCUCAUCGAUGAAGCCGGCACCGCUGGUACUGGUGUAGUCACGUCUUCACCAACCGGUACAGCCGGAGUGGGCGCUUCGGCUAGUGGUAGCUCGAGAGGGUCUACCUCGCAGGGAGCCGCACACCUCGUGGCUACUCCUGGCAGUAUGAACUUUGGUGUUGCGCAGCUCGGUCUCUAUGUGGUAACCACCUUCGUUUGCGGUAUGGGCAUGAUCCUUCUGUAGGUACCAUUGCCACACUCGCUCUAGUACAGCCCUGGCUGAAUUUACCAGUUGAAGGCUGUAGGUACAAUGUUGCGGAUAUCACACGCAGGACAGUGGAUCUCUACGACACAUAUCUUCCCAUUUCAAUUAAUAGUUAUCCUGCUUUGCAUUGUGGUGUCUUCAGCUGGGCCUUACUAGCUAGUAGGCGAUUAUGUAUUCAAAUAAAAAUGCUUUUUUUUGGUGGGAACUUUGAAUGUGUG